AUGCUCUUGUUGAAUAGUGUUGUUUGUGGGAUUGAAAUUUGUGCCUGUUCUGGAUUUACCUACAUUCCACCAUUAUUAUUAAAAAGUGGGUUUUCUGAGGAGAAUAUGAGUUUAGUGCUAGGAAUGGGACCAUUUUUGGCACUUUUCAUUGCACCAGUGGUUGGUAGAGCCAGUGACAGAUGCCACAGUUCAUUUGGCAGAAGACGACCAUUUAUUUUAGUGUUAUCGUCUUUCUUAAUCAUUUCCUUAUAUCUGAUUCCUUUUGGAGAAAGUAUUAUCACAUUUUUCAUAGGAAAGGGAGAUUUAAGUAAAAUGUUAGGUGUUUUAUUAUUAACUGUUGGCUCGGUUUUGUUGGAUUUUACUAGUCAGACAUGUUUAACACCUUGUGAAGCUUUGUUAAAUGAUGCCAGUAAAAAAACAGGACAACAAGAACGGAUAUUUUCUAUUUAUUCAUUAAUGGUUAGUCUUGGUGGUAUAAUUGGUUAUUUAAUAUCAGCUAUUAAUUGGAAAUCAAAUAGUGUGGGUCAGUUUUUUGGUGGAGAAGAGGCUUCAGUAUUUUCUAUUUUGAUUUUUAUCUUUACAAUAAUCUGUGUACAACAAUUUUUUAAUGUGCCUUUUGUUCUCAGACAGUUAGCCUAUGCUAAUUUCUGCAGCUGGACUGCGGUGAUGGGUUUUAAUUUAUAUUUUACAGACUUUGUAGGACAGGUUGUGUAUCAUGGCAAUCCUAAUGCUCCAGUGGAUUCGGAAUCUGGUAAUUUAUACGAUGACGGUGUGCGCAUGGGCAGUUGGGGAUUAUUAUUACAUUGUAUCACUUCUGCUAUUUAUUCAUUCUUUGUGGAAAAAUUGGUGGAAAAAUAUGGAAGUAAAAUGACUUACAUGAUGGGGAUGACCUCAUUUUCUUUUGCAAUGACCGGAAUGGUGUUGGUACCUAAUGUAUUUGUUGUUAUUUUAAUGGCAGCUAUGACAGGAUUUGCAUUUGCUACAUUAACAACUAUACCUUUCAUCUUGGUCUCAAAAUAUCACGAAGACAAAGAAAAUAUCAAUGGGAUAUUUCUUAAGGCAAUGUAUCUAUAUUUUUUUGAUGUUAUAACUACAACGUCCUUGAGUAAUAAUGGUAUUGGUACUUACAUUGCAACAUUAGAUAGUGCUUAUUUUUUAUCUCAAGUCUUGCUAACUAUGUGUGCAGGAUAUAUUGUGCGUAUUACUGGAACUAUUACAGCAUAUAUGAUAACUGCCGGAUUUAUGGGUGUAUUCUCUAUUGUAUUUAUUAACAGAAUUAUUAUCUCCAAACAAGAUUUAAUCAUAUUGUGCAAUGAAAGAAAAGUUGAGGGUAUUAUUUAG